AUAUUUUAGCUGUACUUUAAAUAUAAAUUCAGAUUUACAGGAAAAGCAGAGAAAAUAUGUAUUAUUAAGCUUAUAAGUUUAUUAAAUCAUAUUAGUUAUUAUUAAAUGUGAGUUUCUGCAGGAGAAAUCCAAAACUCUGCCUAGAAUGGAAACCAGCAGGAUCAUCUCAAAUGACAAAGCAACGGUGGUCAUCCAAGUAAAUCCACAGGCGGCACAAAAUGCUGUUAUUUGUGAUGAUGGACAGGAGGCCAGAGGAGCACAUCACAAUACGGCUCUUGAGGGAUUUUUUAAAGCACAACCAAAGGCACUGGGGACUGUCCAGAUAAUGAUCGGAGUGAUGAUCUUCCUACUUGGUAUUGUACUCAACAUAAAUGUCUACCAUUUCGGGACUCUUUAUGUCUAUAGUGGAAUAACGUACUGGGGAUCUUUCAUUUACAUCAGCGCUGGAUCUCUGUCUGUUGCUGCGCAGAAUAAACUUCAUCCCUGUGUGGUGAAAGCCUCUCUUGGAAUGAAUGUGAUCAGUGCCAUAACUUCAGCGAUAGCCGUUCUUCUGAUGGGCAUACAGAUAAGAAUCGAUUCAAUGGGAUAUCCAAGUUGCUACUAUUCAUAUAGUUACUCUGAAAAUGACAUCUGUAUAUAUUUUGAGAGAUAUGGUUGGGGGAUCAUUGGAAUAAUGAUGGUGUUAUCCAUCCUUCAGUUCAUCAUCUCCAUCUGUAUCUCAGGCUUUGCCUGCAAAGCCACCUGCAACAGAGACUCUACAGUGGUCAAUGUGGCACUAAACCAGCGAUACUGAAUCACAGUGAGAAGAUCUUACUGUUUAAAGGUUGCAAGAAAUUAAUAUCAUGUAAAAAAAAAAAAAAAAAAAAAAAAAUUGGCCUCAUAGUAUACUUCUGUAUUCAUAAUAUACUCCUGUAUUUUCAUUUCAUAUUUGACAUUGGCCAAAGUUUGUAAUUA